ACUGUCUAUAUAAAUACGAGAAAUUGUAAUGAUGAAAUCAAAAUGAAAUAGACUUUUCAACAAGUCAUUUCAACAUUACGUUUACUGUUUUAUUUUUAGAUAGUCAUAGCUAAAGACAACAAUGCGUUGGACUCUGUUGUUAAUUACCUGCAUACAAUUAACGUAUUGUAAAGUAUUGGUACGACCAAUUAAUGAAUUGGAUUGGUGGCAAAAUUCAAUAGUUUAUGAAAUAUUCCCAUUGUCAUUCAAAGAUUCGAAUGGUGAUGGAUCGGGUGAUUUUAAAGGUAUAACUCAAAAAUUGGAUUACCUCGUCGAUAUAGGAGUGACCGCAAUUUGGUUAACGCCAUGUUUCAAAUCACCUUUAGAAUCUGGUGGCUACGACACAACCGAUUAUCUAGCUGUAAACCCUGUUUUUGGUACAAUGAAUGAUUUUAAGGUUCUUUUAAAUACUGCACAUUCAAAAAAUAUAAAAAUCAUCAUAGAUUUUGUUCCUAAUCAUACCAGUGAUAAACACUUUUGGUUUAAUGAGUCCAUUAAUAAACAUCCUAAUUAUGCAGACUACUAUAUUUGGAUUGAUGCAUUAAAUCAAAAUGAAGUGAUCAAANNNNUCUCUAUUACCACACUACCACCAUCUAUAUUUUAUGUUUUAUUAAUUAAUAUUAUUUWUUUUUAGCAAAUGAUAGUUGUAAAGUCAAGUGCUUGGGUUUGGAAUGAUAAACGCAAACAGUUUUAUUUGGCUCAGUUUGCAAAAAAUUUACCAGAUUUAAACUUUCGCAAUGAAAAAGUUCAUGAGGAAAUGAAGAAUAUUUUGAAUUAUUGGCUAGAAUUUGGAAUUGAUGGUAUUCGAAUAGAUGCGUUAAAACAUGUAUACGAAAGCGAAUCAUUGAAAGAUGAACCAAAAAAAGAUGAAAAUAAUCCUAGCACUGAUUACAUUAAUUUAAAGCAUUUAUAUACAGAAGACCAAAAUGAAGUUUAUGAUUUGCUUAAAGAAUGGCGUUUACUACUAGAUGGGUUUAAACAAAAAGAUCAUCAUACAAGGAUAAUAAUGACCGAGUCAUACAGUAAUAACAGUGUUUUAUUUAAGUAUUACACUAGUGGAGUUGAAAUACCAACGAAUUUCAAUUUAAUGACCAAACAUAGAAAUAAUGCAAGUAAUUUGGAGAGAUCAAUAGAAAAUUGGAUUACUAAAAUGCCAAUGGGAGCAACAUUUAACUCAGUGCUCCAAAACCACGACAAACCAAGGUUUCCUAAUGUUUACGGUGACGAAUUCAUUAAUGGAUUGAAUGCUUUGUCCUUAAUUCUGCCAGGUGUAUCCAUAUUUUUGUAUGGAGGAGAAAUUGGAAUGGAAAAUUUACAAGAUGAUCGUAUUAAUUUUGCAAGAGGACUUAUGCAGUGGGAUGACACGAAAAACGCGGGGUUCACUAAUGGCGCAAAUAAACCAUGGAUUAAGGUACAUCCAGAUUAUGUCACAAGGAAUGUGAAAUCAGAAACUGAAGAUCCUAAAAGUUAUUUGAACUUUUUCAAAACCGUAUCAAAAUUACGACAGACUGAAACGUUUAAAGUAGGAGGGUUGGCAACUGCAGUUUUCAACGAUACAGUUUUUGUUCUGAAUAGAUUUUUACCAGGGCAUAAGAAUUAUACGUUAAUUUUCAACAUGGAUGCAGAUUAUGUACAGAGUGUACGUUUAUCCAACAAAAUGUCAUAUUCGAGUAAUUCUUUAAAAGUUGUUGUUGGAUCAGGCAACUCUAUUUUUGACACUGGAAAAUCAAUAUCAACAACAGAGUGGUUUGAUCUAAAUCCCGGUGACACAAUCAUACUAACUGAAGAAACUGAAGGAGCUGGAGAAACUGAAACGAAUUCAAUACAGUCAUCCAGUACUCAGUUAUACAUAACAUUCAAAUUACUAUUAUUAAGCUUAUUUUUCAUUAAAAUAUGUAAUCUAUAGUAC